AUGUCAGGCCAGCAGACGGCGACCUUGAAGGCACCCGAGGGUGAACCCUCUCCAGUAUCACCAGCAACAGCAGUCGACCCCAACGCCUUCUCUGACGACGAGAACGCAGUUCACUCACCACGCUUCACAUCACACUCGCAACAACCCUCAAGAGGAGGCUCACGAUCCGUUCGGGGCCGCAGCGUACGUGUCCCAGCCGGAAGGGACUCUGUCGAAGACCCCUUGCCUACUGGCGUAUCAACCAAGUCAAACCGCCCUCUUCGUGAAGGCACCCGCUUCAACAACAACGGAGAGUACGACGACGACUCCGACACGGACAGAUACUGGGGCAACAGCGGCAACCCCGACUACAGUGGCGGACGCGCACCUCGCUCUCGCCCUCCCCGCGCCCACCUGAACCGACCCCAGCCCUACUUCAACUACGACGCCAACACGGACGCAAAGGACUACUACGAGGAGACAAGGUCGUACGAGUCCGGUGACUACACCGGAAGACCGCCUUCUCGCAGAAUGUACGACGAGGAAAUGGCCGGCUAUCCUCGAAGCGGUGUCGCAGUACGCAGCACCAACGGCGACACGGCCCGCAUCGACUGGCAUAAUCUGAGCCGGGAAGAGAAGGCUCAAGUUAUGCGUCUCCCUCUCACGCAAUGGAUGAACUCGGACUUCAAGAACCACUUCGUCGCAAGUCUCGGCGAAUUGGUCGGCACCACGAUGUUCCUCUUCUUCGCCUUCGCCGGCACUGAGGUCGCCAACAUCAAGUCCGCUGCCAACGGGUCCAACGCCCCGGCAGACAGCAACACCACCACAGGAGCAUCGACCGGCUUCAACGCCGUUACCCUGUUCUACAUCUCUACCAUUUUCGGCUUCUCCCUCAUGGUCAACGUCUGGAUCUUCUUCCGCAUCAGCGGUGGCCUGUUCAACCCGGCCGUGACUCUUGGCAUGUUCCUCGUUAAGGCCAUUCCAGCAUCACGAGCGGCUUGCUUGUUCAUUGCCCAGAUUCUGGGAGGCAUGCUGGCGUCGGUUAUUGUGCGAUUCCUCUUCCCCGAGAACUUCAACGUCCGCACUACUCUCGGCGGAGGUGCGUCCCUCGUUCAGGGUGUCUUCAUCGAGGCCAUUCUCACGGCAGAGUUGGUAUUCACAAUCUUCAUGUUGGCCAAGGAGAAGCACCGAGCCACAUUCAUCGCCCCUGUCGGCAUUGGCCUGGCCCUCUUCAUUUCUGAGUUGGUGGGAGUUCAAUUUACUGGAGGCUCCCUCAACCCUGCACGAAGCUUUGGGCCUUGCGUCAUUACCGCAACUUUCGACCAGGAGCACUGGAUCUACUGGGUCGGUCCUGCCCUUGGUGCGUUGAUCGCCGUGGUCUUCUACAAGUUCAUCAAGACCCUGGAGUACGAGAUGGCCAACCCCGGUGCCGACGGAGACCCGGAAAAUGACCCUACUCAAAACCCCGCCAAGCUGGCCGAGCUUCGCAUGUCGCGCACCAAGUCCAAAGCAUGA